GCGAACUACAAAUGAGAUCGACCGUCGAAAACGAAAAGGCGAUGAGGAAUUAGUAGUAUGGGAGGGAAGUUUGACGAGUCCACGCGAAGCUUCAUUGUUAGUGGGUCAAACUCAAAAUAGAAAAUAUAAGGCAAAUUAAAAAAUAAAAAGAAGACUUUUGCUCCUCCUCGAUUCUGGAUGAAUUUGACAAAGGAGUUGGAGAAAGAAGACCAGAGAGAGAGAGAGAGAGAGAAAGAGUUGGUUGAUUGUUUUGUCCAUUCAUAUUCCCUUUUUCGUCCGCAUCGAAUUUGAGGGUUUCUAGGCGGCUGGGCUGAACCUGUCUUGCUCCGUCUCCGGCUUCCGUUUUGGUAUUCUAAAUUCGAAAUUUUGGCUUUGUUUUCGGAAUGAAGUGAGGGAGCUCGGGGGACGGUUUCUAGGAGAGGUAGCUAAAUGGCGGAAGCAGGUAUUCGUGUUGCCAAGGAGAGAGGACUGCAACUGAGAGCGGCGGCCGAGGCGGCGAUAGAGUCAAUAGGGUUGGGAUAUGAUCUGACGGUGGAUUUGCGGCUCAAGUACUGCAAGAACAACCAUUCUUGCGAUGCCGAUCCCCGCCUAAUCACCAUCGACAUCGACGAUAAGGUCCGUGAUAUUGCCAUUCCUGGCGGUAUUCUAGUCCAAAAUGUCUCCAAAUCCAUCAAGUGCGAUAAAGGCGAAAGGUUGCGCUUCAGCUCCGAUGUUCUCUCUUUCCAGCAGAUGUCAGAGCAGUUUAACCAGGACCUCUCCCUUUCUGGUAAAAUUCCCACGGGCCAUUUCAAUGCUGCUUUUGAAUUUAGUGGUUGUUGGCAAAAGGAUGCUGCCAACACAAAAGCUCUUGCUUUUGAUGGAGUCUUCAUUACACUAUACAGUAUUGUUCUAGAAAAAUCUCAAGUAGCAUUGCGGGAUUAUGUUAAGCAAGCUGUGCCAUCAUCAUGGGAUCCUGCUGCAUUAGCAAGGUUCAUUGAGAGGUUUGGUACCCAUGUUGUUGUUGGCGUCAAGAUGGGGGGUAAGGAUAUUGUAUACGUGAAGCAGCAGCAUUCCUCCCCUCUUCAACCUGCUGAUGUACUGAAGAGAUUAAAGGAGGUGGCAGAUAAGAGGUUUGGUGAUGGAACUGGACAAUAUGACCCUCGAAAGCUGGAGAUCAAGGACCAUGGUCUGACCUUCUUGGACUCCAGUGCAAUGAGUUCUUACUCUCAGCAAGAGGAUAUUGCUUUUUUAUGGAAGCGGAGAGGUGGAAAUAAUAAUAAAAAUAUACCCCACGAUAAGUGGUGUCAGACAGUCCAACUUGAGCCUGAUGUGAUCUCUCUGUCCCUCAUUCCGAUAUCAUCAUUGUUGAGUGGUAUUGAUGGGAGUGGAUUCUUGAGCCAUGCAAUUAAUCUCUAUCUACGUUAUAAACCACCAAUUGAAGAACUUUAUCAGUUUUUGGAGUUUCAACUUCCGAAGCAGUGGGCACCAGUAUUUGGUGAGCUUGCUGUUGGUCCUGAAAAGAAACAAAGUGGUGCGUCUUUACAAUUUAGUCUUAUGGGUCCCAAGCUUUAUGUUAACACUGACCUGGUAGACGUGGGUAAGCGGCCAGUCACUGGCAUGCGCCUCUAUUUGGAAGGAAAAAGGAACAACUGCUUGGCAAUUCAUUUGCAGCAUCUUUCCUCCCUUCCAAAAAGCUUCCAACUUCAAGAUGAGGCAAAUGGCAACUCCCGACACUCCUAUGAUCGUCGGUACUAUGAGAAGGUCCAGUGGAAGAGCUUCUCUCAUGUAUGCACCGCCCCUGUUGAAUCCGAUGAGCUUUCUGUUGUUACGGGUGCCUGGUUUGAAGUUAGGGACUCUGGUCUCAAGAAGGUUCUCUUCUUAGGCCUCCAGUUUUCCAGAGUUGUUGGUGGUAUAAUGGUGAAGAAACCAGAGUGGGAUGGCUCUCCAGCCGCGUCUCAAAAAUCAGGAGUCAUCUCAACCUUGAUUAGCACUCGUUUCUCAUCGGCUGAAAAACAACCACAACCAGCUCCACGGCCAUCAGACAUCAACGUAAACUCUGCUUUGUAUCCUGGGGGUCCGCCUGUUCCAGCUCACUCUUCUAAACUUCUGAGGUUUAUUGACACGACUGAGAUGACACGGGGACCGCAAGACCCGCCCGGUUACUGGGCCGUGUCCGGAGCAAAGCUUUCAGUUGACAAGGGUAAGAUAUCUCUGCGUGUCAAGUAUUCUCUUCUGACUGUGGCUUUUCCUGAUGAAGAGGUGCAAUUGCGCUAGAAACCAACCCAAAGCAAAGGGGUUAUUGUGAAAGUUCUGUUGAUUUUGCUGACAGAUUCGCUUUAGUGCUUGGGUAGUAAAUUUUCUUGUAUAAAUUUAAAUUAUUUUGGACAAUGUUUAUGAUAUACUCUGCAAAUAUUGUAGAGUGGGGGUUGAUUCGAUGAAA